AUGGAACCAAAACUAGUCCCGGCAAGAUUCCACCAGGACCGGCACCACUUCUGGUUAUCGGAAACAUUCAUAAACUCAACAACCAACCCCACAAAUCUCAUUGACUUUGUCCACAGUUGUUCCAAAUCAGGUGUUCCAGUGGAUAUAGGACAAGCUGCAUUUAGAACUAGCCUUAAACUGUUAUCAAACAGCAUAUUUUCUGUGAAUUCGAUUGACCCAAGUUCUAAUAUGGCACAAGAGAUCAAGGAAUCAGUUCGGGACUGGAUUGAAAAGGCUGGAAAAAAUUUGGCCGAUUACUUCCCUGUCCUUGGAAAGUUUGAUUUACAAGGUAUAAGGAGUAGCAUGGAGAUUCAUCUUGGGAAGUUGUUUGGGUUCAUGGAUAGUAUGAUCAAUAAACAAUUGGAGAUGAUUAAAUUUCGGGGUUACAUCAAGACAAAUGAUGUGUUGGAUACCCUUCUCAGUAUAAGUGAAGAUGACAAUGAUGAGAUUGAUCCAGUUCACAUCCAAACAUUGCAAUACUCUAUAAUCAAAUUCACCAGUGAGUAG